AUACCUUGAUGUUUAUGCCUCAGUCGUAAGUCGACGCGUCUUAGGCGUACGUCUGUGUUUACGGCACCGGCUAUUGAUAGUUUUUCGAACGACCGGCGACAAUCGAGCCAGCGUGAUUAUCUUACAAGGAGAAUCGUCGUUGUCAGCUGUUCUCACCUCUCGCUGACGAUAUUAUAUCUUGUCUUAUCUGCGAACGCUUGUACCGUGUAAAGAAAAAGUAGCUGGACACACUCUCAGGCAUCAUGGUCGGAGUGACACAGAGACCCUGGACACCUACAAAAAGACGAGGCCCGAUUGCCGCCGAAUACAGCAGCCCGGGACCGGCCUGCGUAACUUUACCACCAUUAAUAGGAAAAACAGUUACAGAUUCCAAACGAGAAAGGGCACCGGCAUUUUCCUUUGGCAGCAGACAUGCAGCGAAAAACAAUAGCGCCGGACCUGGUCCUGGACAAUAUAAUGUCUCCGGGCUUAGCGCAAAAGGAAAGGAUGCCGCACCUGCCUUGUCGCUGUACGGCCGAACGAAAUCGACGAAACCGGAAAUUACACCAGCACCAGGCGAUUACAAUCCGCAAAAGGCGGUAAAGGUUAUUCUGGAUAGCUCGCCGAAAUAUUCCUUCGGCGUUAAAACACAAGUCGAGAAGGUCAGCUGUACACCUGCACCGUGCGAUUAUCGCACUGAAAUCGUGAAACUGUGUAGAGCAGCAGCGUUCACUUUCGGCAUAAAAGCUGUGUGGAUAAGAUCGAGCGAUACGCCCGCUCCAGGUACUUAUCGUCCCGAAAAGACGAGGCUGGAUAGCACACCGCAGUUCACGUUCGGACUUAAAACGCCGCUCGGUAAGCCGAGCGACACGCCAGCGCCUGGAACGUACAGUCCGGAGAAGGUGAAUUUGGAGAAGGGCCCGCAAUACAGUUUGACCGGCAAAAGCCGAACUGAGAAGUGCAACGGUACGCCAGAGAAAGGAACAAAAUACAACGGUGACUUUUCUUCGACAGCACCAGGCGCGUAUUGUCCCGAAAGAGUCAAGCUGGACCUAUCGCCGCAGUUCAGUUUCGGAUUAAGGCCCGCUGUGGAAAAGCCGAGCGAUACGCCAGCACCCGGUACGUAUAGUCCCGAAAAGGUGAACUUGAAUAAAGGCCCUCAAUACAGUUUGAGUGGCAGGGGACCAGCUGAGAAACUCGCCGAUACUCCAGCGCCCGGAACAUAUUGCCCCGAGAAAGUUAGACUGGACGCUACGCCGCAGUACAGUUUCGGAAUUAGACCCCCUUCGGAGAAACCCAGCGAUACGCCAGCGCCUGGGACGUACAGUCCAGAGAAAGUGAAUUUGCACAAAGGGCCGCAGUACAGUUUGACUGGCAAAGGGCCUGCCGAGAAGCCCACGGACACGCCAGCGCCUGGAACGUAUUCUCCGGAAAAAGUAAGAUUAGAUAAUGUGCCGCAAUAUAGUUUCGGCAUUAAGCAUGCACCGGAUAAAUCUAGUGACACACCAGCACCGGGUGCUUACAGUCCAGAGAAAGUGAACUUGGACAAAGGGCCGCAGUACAGUUUGAGCGGCAAGGGAUACGCUGAAAAGCCUGCGGAUACGCCAGCGCCCGGAGCGUAUUCGCCGGAAAAAGUGAGACUGGAUAACACGCCACAGUACAGUUUCGGAAUUAGGCAUGCUUCGAGUAAGCCCAGUGACACGCCAGCACCUGGAACUUACAGUCCGGAGAAAGUGAAUUUGGAUAAAGGACCGCAGUACAGUUUAACUGGUAAAGGGCCUGCGGAGAAACCUAUCGAUACACCAGCACCUGGCGCGUAUUCGCCGGAGAAGAUCAAGUUGGACGUUACUCCGAAAUACAGUUUUGGACUUAGAACUCCUUUAGACAGACCCAGCAACACGCCAGCGCCUGGCACCUACAGCCCAGAAAAAGUCAAUUUGGACAAGGGACCGCAGUACAGUUUGGCUGGCAAAGGAUACGUUCCGCGGGCUAACGAUGUUCCCGCACCUGGCACGUACAGCCCCGAGAAGGUGAACUUGGACAAGGGGCCGCAGUACAGCCUGGCCGGGAAAGGGGCGCCGGAAAAAUUAAACGAGAAUCCAGGCCCCGCUGAUUACAAACCAGAGAAAGCUCUAAAUCUGGAGCAUAAACCUUAUUACAGUUUUGGUGAUAGGAAACCUUUGGAUAAACCUAGAGAUACACCAGGCCCAGCCGAUUACACACCAGAGAAAGCUCUAAGUCUGGAACAUAAACCAUAUUUCAGUUUCGGUAAUAGAAAACCCUUGCACGAGAGCCGCGAUACACCAGGCCCAGAUAGAUACAAUCCAGAAAGAGCUCGACAUCUGGAACAUAAACCUUAUUUUAGUUUCGGUAAUAGAAUGCCCUUAUAUAAGACUAGCGACACACCAGCUCCCGGUGCAUACAGCCCCGAGAAAAUUAACAUGUCUAAGUCGCUGCAAUAUAGUUUCGGCGUUAAAACCGAGAUGCACGGGAAGAACAGCGUACCAGGCCCUGGCGAGUACAGUCCAGAAAAGGCAAUGCUUUUGUUGGAGAAAGCGUUGCAAUUUACUUUCGGCCUCAGAUCAGCUGCGAGCAGACCAGACGACAUUCCAGCGCCCAAUAUCUAUAACAUCCCCUCCGCCCUCGGCGGAACUAAGGAGGGUAACAAGAAAGCGGCACCCGCCUACUCGAUAUCCGGUAGGCAAAAGAUCUUCACGGACGAUCGUGUCCUCGUACCCGGGCCAGGUGCAUACGAGGCCAUCAAACCGGACACGGUCAGAGCGAAGAGCCCAGCGUACAGCAUGAGCGCGCGUUUUCCGCUACCUGACGAUCACUCGCAGAUCCCAGGGCCAGGAGCACACUGCCCGGAGAAGGUGCUUCUGGACAUUCCUCCCGCGCAUACAUUUGGCAUCAGGCAUUCGCCGUACAUUUGUAAUUUGAAGGACGCAGUUUAUUAAUUCAUCAAUUAGUGGCAACUAGCGAUUUAUCGACCAAGACUCGUUCCUUUCCAUUAUCUGACACGAGCAAUUAACGAAUCUUAGAAACGGACAAGUUUUAUGUUUUCCUUUUCUUUCUUUCGCUUUAUUAAUUAUUACUACUAGUUAGAAAAAGAAACAUUGGCGGAAUAAAGAAAUGUCUUGUGCUUAGACAGAAUUAUUGUGCUAUAAAACAAGAGAAUUUAAAUAUGUUAAAGUUCAGUAAACAAAAAGAUCGAAGGUAAAACAGCAGUGUGUGUAGCAUUCAAAAUUUUGAUAUUAUAUAGAAAACCUAACACUUGCGUGACAUUUAAUUCUUUGCAUUUUAACUAAUAUAAAGAGACACUUCGUGUGCAAUAUAAUACAAUACAUACAUUUGGAUACUUUGUAAGUACAAAUCUGACUUAAAAAUCUAUCAUUUAAUGCACAACUGUAUUGCAAUAAUCUUAUAUAAUUUUAUAUUAAAAUUUGUUUCUUGUAAAACUAUUACUAAAUUUUACUUGGAAAUUUUGUAAUGCAAUAUUAAAUAACAUAUUAUUACAUCACCCAAUAGAAAUUACAGAACGAACAUGAAAAUUUUUUAACAAAAA